UGUGUGUAUUAGGAGGGUCAGACUCUGUUGAGGGAGGACUUGCUCAGAUGCCACAUUACUUCUGUUGUGUUUGUUUAGAUCAGUUGUGCUAGUGUUUUUACAUCAGGAAAUGUUUCACGUGUGUGUUUUGUUCUGUUUGUGCUUCUGCCGUCUGAUCGGUGUGUUUGCUGCCGAAACAAAUGAAAUACAGUCAGUGUCAGUGAUGGAGGGAGAUUCUGUCACUCUACACACUGAUGUUACUGAAAUACGUGAAGACCACUUCAACAUACUGUGGAAAUAUGGACCUGAAAAGUACAUUAUAGCUGAAAUCAGUAGAAAAUAUGGAUUCUUCUCCACAUAUGAUGAUGUUCCUGAUGGGAGAUUCAGAGACAGACUGAAGCUGGACGAUCAAACUGGAUCUCUGACCAUCACAAACACCACAGCUGAACAUGCUGGAGUUUAUCAACUAGAGAUAAGGGGAGCAAACCUGACAUCAAAAACAUUCAAUGUUUCUGUCUAUGCUCGUCUGCCUGUUCCUGUCAUCAUCAGAGACUGUUCAUCAUCAUCAUCAUCAUCAUCAUCAUGUUCAUUGGUGUGUUCAUCAGUGUUGAGUGUGUGUGAUGCGACUCUCUCCUGGUACGCAGGGAUGAGUGUAUUGUCCAGCAUCAGUGUGUGUGAUCUCAGCAUCAGUCUCUCUCUACCUCUGGAGGUGGAAUAUCAGGAUAAAAACACCUACAGCUGUGUGCUGAACAAUCCCAUCAGCAACCAGACCACACAUCUGGACAUCAACACACUCUGUCACACAUGUGCAGCUGUGAAUGUGAGUCAUAUGACUCUCUCCUGGUACGCAGGAAUGAGUGUAUUGUCCAGCAUUAGUGUGUGUGAUCUCAGCAUCAGUCUCUCUCUACCUCUGGAGGUGGAAUAUCAGGAUAAAAACACCUACAGCUGUGUGCUGAACAAUCCCAUCAGCAACCAGACCACACAUCUGGACAUCAACACACUCUGUCACACAUGUGCAGGUACAGCAGCACUGAUGAUAUAUGUGUGUGUUUACUGA